UACAUUGGUCACAUUACUGUGUAAUCGAUAUCUUUAUAGACUGUCGUACAAUCUUUUGUAAAAGUGAAAAUUUUCUUAAAAUAAUAAUUGAUUGCUUAAAUUGCAAUUAUGGUUGAUCCCUCUGUGCAUAGCAAACACCGCAACCUUUUUGGGUCUGAUAGCGAAGACAGCUCAAUUGGCUCUGAUCCAGGUUAUGAUGCGUCUGGAAAAAGUAUUGACGAAAUGCCCCAUUGGAGCUUCCCAUCGAACAGUGCAUCGGGCAUACAAACUGAUAAGAUGCUGGAAAAGCAUGAUUUGGAGACUGCAUUGUCCGAUGAAAGCUCUAGUCCCAACUAUUUAGCUGAAGAACAAGCGAAGGAACCGCCUCAGAUUCCUAACCAGUUGCCGUCUUUGAGCUUCCGAGGAAACCCCUCUCGAGGCAAAUUUAUCGAAGAUUUGCAGGGAACUUCAUCUGAUCCGAUAGGAUCUGGAUCGUCCGAAAGCUCCAACUCAGAUUUGGAGAUUGAUGAAACUUCUUCGAGCAGCUGCCGUCUGGUUGAUCCUAUUGAUGCAAAAUUUAGGGACCUUUUCGGAGACAAGUUGACAGUGAAGUUCAAAGCCACUUUGCCAUCUUUGGCUAAUGACCUUCCAAAGGGGCCGCAGCGUUUCUUACGAAUGCCCCAGUUUAUACCCGUUGAACCAAACCCGUAUGAUGCCCAGAAAUUUGAGGACCAGAUGACUCCGGGUGACUUGAAAGACGCACAGGCACUCGGUGGCUUCGUGAACCGUCUAAAGACAACUGUGAGAUGGCGGGAAGGGCAAGACCAAACCAAGGAAUCGAAUGCUGUGUUAAUACGCUGGUCUGAUGGCAGCGAGACGUUCCAUGUGGGUGAAGAGGCUUUCGAUGUGAUGCACCAUCCGGUAACCGACGACCAGAACCAAAUCUAUGUCCGCCAAGAGAGCUGCUACCAGACCCAGGGGUCCAUCACCGACAAGAUGACACUGCGUCCGAAACUAGACUCUACCUUUGGCCAGACCCAUGUGCAGGGCAUGCGAAAUCGUGCUCUGAACCGACCGCAAACGGGCAGUGUUAAGAUCCUAAUGGACAUGGGCGUCAAUCCUGUCAAGGACCGCGAGCGUCGCAUCAAGGAGGAGAUGGCCCAGUUGCGUCGGGAAGAGCGUGAAAAGCGUCGUGACUUGCAGAGCCAAAAGAAGCCUCGCGUGAAGCCCGUGCAUCAUCCUACGGCUGAUGACUCCGACGACCCCAGCGAUGAGCCAGACAUCCUCUCUAUUUUGGCAAUUAAAAGAGCAGAAGCCCAGGCACUCCAAGCCAAUCGCUAUGCGGAACUUGAAAAGGUAAACAAGCAGCCAUAUUCAUUCAUUGACGAUGGGCCCGAAUAUGAUGAAGCUCUGAAGGAUCCCAAGCCCAGCACAUCGAAGGCAAGAAUGGAUUCUGAUUCGGAUCCUGAUGAUGCUCCCAAGAUCACGCGCAAAACUAAGCACGUUGUUUACUCAGAUUCCAGCUCAGACUAAAUAUAUGUUAACGAUUUUCCAAGAAGCACGAAGUUGCAAUAAACAUUAUGCAUUACCAUGA